GCUUACAGUGACGUAUUAACUGCUAACAUGAAGUUGUAGCGACAGAAGCUAACGUGAAGCUACAUGCUAACUUUCUUACAGAGCGCUUAAACGAGGCUUAAAGAAAAGGUCUUUUUAAUGUUAUUGUAAUUAAAUAAUGAUGCCAUUUCAGUGCCGAUAUUUCUAAAAUGAACUCAUGAUUCAUUUAAGGUGUUUUGUCACAUAGUAAAUGACUGUGCUUCGUAAUUCGCUGCUCAGUUUCUUUAAAUUGCCUGUAUUUUAAACGGAGUUCGGCGCAGGAUGUAGCCAGGAACGCUAAACUAAUUUACAGUCGCGUCUGUUAUCGCGGAGAAGCUCUCAAAUAAGAAGUGGGCUGAAAUGAUGGAUCAGCAGGAGCAGGUAGAGUGGGAUGUGGUGAACAAACUCCUGCAGCAUCAUGGCUUUAAAGCGAUGUACUUCACGGAUCCGGCGGAGAAUAAGAACCUCAACGAUCUGGUUCUGCUGGACAAGAAGUCUACGGUUGAGAUGAGACAGACUCUGAGGACGAUGCUCACAGACUCGGAGAGACGACAGACACUCAUCCAGGAGCUCAUCAAGACCAACAACCAGCUCAAAGAAGACGUUCAGGAGCACAUGAGUCGGUCGGCUCAGCAGUCUCAGAGGGUCUCGGAGCUGGAGGGGCUGCUGGACGUGGUGAAGACCAGAGUCCAGGACCUGGAGGACCGCUGCAUCGGGAAGGCCGUCCAACAGCAGAGCCACAGUCAGCAGCUGCAGCAGGACAGGCAGGAAGCACUGGAAGCACAGAUGCUGUGCCACUCUCUGCAGCAGAAGUUGAGCAGACAAAAGGAGGAAAUGGCUCAGCUGCAGAGGAAACUUUAUUUCACCAUCAAAGAAGAAGAGCGACAAUUGGCUCGACAGAAGCACACCUUCCAGCUCGUCUGUGACAAAGUCAGCCGGCAGGAGGCUCCAACAGAGCAGCAGGUUUUGGAAGUGAUCGACUUCUAUGAGACUAAAAUGAGUCAUUUGCUGGACGAGCUCAGGUCUCUUAAAGGAGAACCAGAAGCUUCUGAAGUAACUCAUAAUGUGAAGACCAGGAAAGCAUCGAGCCAUGUGACCAGAUCUUUCAAAACCGUUCUCAAGGCAUACCAGGAGCAGCAGAGAGGGAGCAAAACUCAAAUAGAGGAGCUGAAGACGGACGUGGAGCGGUUAAAACAAGAGCUGGAGACCAGACCCACACUCAAAGACGUGAAGUUCUACAAACACAAACUGCGUCGGCUGGAGAUAUUACACAAUAACACGAGGUUUCCUAAAGAGGACAACAGGCCUGAAAAGAGUGAGAACAUCAGAGACGUGUGUUCCAACUAUCGCAAGUUAUUGGACGAGAUCAGAACAAUUACGACCAAUCCCAGAGCUCCACUGCGGCUCCACAGGCAGAAAGCUUCCAGCGCUGGUCCGGAGCUGGCUGAGUUUCAGACUCUCGUUCCCACGGUGGAGGUCUGGGCUCAGCAGCUCCACCUACUGAAGGACCUGCAGCAGAGUUUAAAUCAUCUCACGGUCAGACUGAUGCCGUGGCAGCCGUCUGAUGAAGGUCAUAAUGCUGCAGAGACGGUGAAGGUGGAGGACAUGAUGCUGCAGGUGGACACCAUGCUGGAGAACGCGUCCACCGAUGAUGAGAAGGUCCUCAGGAGUCCGACUCGCUUCACUCUGGGCUCCAUGGUGUCCCAUUUCCAGAAAUUGUUUGACGUGACCUCCCUCAGCGGAGUUUACCCCCGUAUGAACGAGGUCUACACCCGCCUGGGAGAGAUGACCAACGCCAUGAGGAACCUGAGAGACGUCCUGGAGCUAGACAGCAGAGCUCCUCCUGCUCAGGUGGUGCACCAGGUCUCCAGACUGGUUUCCUGCUCUGAGCUCAAAGCUGGCCUCCAUAAUGUGCUUGGAGACGAUGACAUAGACAGCAUCGUCGUCAAAGUGAAGGAACACGAUGAGUUCUUCCCGGCUUUCCACGCCCUCGUUCUGGACAUUUUAGACUCUUUAGGUGUGAGUCACCUGGACGACAUCCUUCCUGCUCUGAAGGAUUUAAAACACACAGCGGAGUGAUCUGUGCCUGUGUGUGUGUGCCUGUGUGUGUGUGGCCUCUCCGGUUGGUGGGUGCAGUCUCAACAAAUUUGAAAGGCGGGAAGAAUAAUACUUGAUUGUUGUUCUUGAAUAAAAAUUGGGUUCUGAAGGA